AUGUCACAAGCAAAAUCACAAUGGCAGACUCGAAGCUAUGGCUAUUUCUGUGCAGACGCGCUCACUUUGAAAUUUCAAAUUCUUGAGAACCCACAGUAUUCCGGUUUUGUACAAUAUGGAGCUCUUUCGAAAACCGGCUAGAACAGCAUUCAAUCGCCAAUGGCGACUGUCUUUGACAGCUACAUCGAGACCAAACCUCCUGCAUAUUUCCCGACGGGCCCUUUCAAUCAAGCAACUCGAUGAGCAGCGAAAUGGCCGUGAAAGAAUUGUGAUCCUUGGGUCUGGCUGGGCAGGCUUCUCCAUGUCUCGCGAGCUCGAUGCGCGCAAAUAUCAAAUUGUCGUCGUGAGCCCUCGCUCAUAUUUUGUCUUCACUCCGCUACUCGCCAGUACAGCCGUAGGUACGCUGGAAUUUCGGACUGCGCUGGAGCCCGUCCGAUCAUUCAAAGGCCGUGGUGCGGGAGCGGAAUUCUUCCAGGCAUGGGCUGAGCAGGUCGACUUUGACAAAAAGACUUUGACUGUCGAGGAAGCUGUGCAGAAUCCAUUGCAAAGCAGAGCUCUUGCUGCGUCGAAAUCGGAUCUGGAAAGUGCCUACAAAGCCAAGGGACAAUUGUUCGAGCUUGCAUGGGACAAACUCGUUGUAGCUGUUGGAUGCUACGUCCAAACAUUCAACACGAAGGGUGUCAAAGAACAUGCUUAUUUUCUGAAAGAUGUUGGCGAUGCUCGCAAAAUUCGGAACCGCCUACUGACAUGCUUCGAGACUGCUGCAUUACCAACGACUUCCGAGGAAAUGAGGAAACAGAUCCUCAACUUUGCCAUCGUAGGAGGCGGACCAACUGGCGUUGAAUUCGCGGCCGAGCUGCAUGACACGGUGUACGAGGAUAUGAAACGACUAUAUCCUGAGCUCUUCGAACACUUUCGCAUCACAAUCUACGAUGUCGCUCCGAAAGUCUUGAGCAUGUUCGACGAAAAGUUAGGACAAUACGCCAUGAAACAUUUCCAACGAGCAAGCAUUCAUAUUCGCACAAGUCACCAUGUCGAGGAGCUACGAAUUGGAACACCAGGAUCGAACAACGGUAAACCCGAAGCAGGACAAGCGCCGCUCUCGUAUACAUUGAAAGUCAAAGAAGAUGGCGAAGUAGGCGUAGGCAUGUGCGUAUGGUCCACAGGCCUGAUGAUGAAUCCGUUCGUUGCGAAUGCUCUUGAUGGCAAAGUCAAGCGCGACCAACGGACGGGAGGAAUCGUCACCAACGACAAGAUGCAGAUUCAACGUUGUGACGGCUCUAUCAUCGAGAAUGUCUUUGCGCUCGGAGAUUGCGCUUCCAUUGAGGACCUUCCAUACCCUGCUACAGCACAAGUUGCCAACCAAAAGGCCAAUUGGUUGUCGAAACGACUAAACAAGGAAGACCUCGCCAGUCGACACUUCAAGUACAAAGAUUUGGGUAUCAUGGCCUAUAUUGGAGAUCACAACGCGCUUGUCCAGAGCGCUGGAGGCAAUAUCUCGGGCAGAGUAGCUUGGCUCAUAUGGCGUGGAGCCUAUCUUGCAAAGAGUGUCAGCUGGCGUAACCGUAUGCUAAUACCGAUAUACUGGACCAUCAAUUACAUCUUUGGCCGAGACAUUUCGCGCUUUUGAGAAUAGUCAAUUGGGAUGCUGUGUGCUAAUUUUUCCAAGAUCUGUUCAUAACCCAUACAUGCUAGAGAUCG